UUCACGUUUACGGACGAAGACGUGGAGGAGAUUCUGGAGGAGCGGCAGCAGCGGGGCGAGGUGUCUGUACACCGCAGGGGCGCGCUGCUGAAGCACGUGGCUGCGCUGAAGCAUCAAAUAAAUUCCAUUUUAGAAAGUUUGUCUUCUUCCAGAACAGCGAGCAGCAGGAGACAGGAGCUGAAGGAGACACUUGCGCUGCUGCUGCAGCAAAAGGAGACAGCGGAGGCCGAGCUGCUGCGCGAGCGCGUCAGCAACCCCCCCGUCUCCUUCCUCAAGGCCCCUGCUGCAGCAGCAAAGGACUUCGACAAAAACAAAUCCAACAAACUUGCUGCGGCCCACAAGCCGCAGCCUGCUGCUGCUCCCCUGCACAGAGCAGCAGACCACCCAGCUGCUGCUGCUGGCGGUUCUGCUGCUGCUUUUUUAGCUGCUGCUCUUGGGUCAACUCAGGAGCAGCAGCAGGCCCUCGUGACUCCCUACCUCGAGCUGCGGGGGCGGGGCGCGGAGCUGGCCGCGCGCAUGCAGCAAGUGUCUCCUUCUGCUGCUGUCUCCUUCGCGCCUUUGUUGAUUCCGGACACCAGUCCAGUGCAGCUGCCUCUGGAUUGUCUCUGCAUUUCUCUCGAGGAGUACAAGAGACAAGUCGCCCAGCUAGCCAGCAUGCAGCUAGCUGGCUAG